CACUGACGACAUUAACUUGUACAGAUUGUGCUACUAUCGUCCGAGAUACAGAUACUGAAUACAACAGAAAUAUAUAUAUUGUUGAAAUGGCUACUAAAUCCACGCCAGUUAAGGACUCGGAGCUCCAAUCCUCCCUCCGCCAACUCUCCCUCAACGACGAAGGUUCUAUCAAAGACACCUCUCGCCCAACCCCAACCCAAACCCCAAAGCCAAAACUCCCCGAUGUGAAAACAACAAAAAGCAAGGCUGAAGAGGUCGCAGACUCCUGGGAAGACGAAGCCGAUUCCGACGCGGACUCCGGACCACCAACCCCCACAGCUCCUACAAGCUCAAGUACCCAGAAAACAACGAAGUUGGAUACCGGGUUGGCAACCCCAAUCUCCCCGCAGAUAUCACAGCAGCAGCAAUCCUGGCCUACCCCAGGCGGACGCGAAGCCCCCGUCACCCCGGCAUAUGGAAACCCCUCUGGCACAUCGCUGCGAUCCGCGGGUCCAGCGCGUCGACCCGAGAAACAGACUGCUGUAGCGGGGAGGAUGAUAGCAGGGGCGUUGGGGAUCCGGGCGCCGAAGAGGACGGAGGAGCAGAGGGCUUAUGAUCGGUCUGUGAAGGAGCAGGAGAUUAGGAGGAGGAAUCGGGAGAAGGAGGAGGCUGCUAAGGCGAGGGAGGAGGAGGAGAGGGCUAAGGCUGCGGUUUGGGAUGGUUGAUUUUUUGGUUACAGUUCUUGUAUAUGUAGUUAUGAGAGUGUACUUUAAGUGAUUAUGUAUAUUUUGCUUGUGCUUGGGAACUUCUAAGUUUCUGAAUCGAUGGUCCAGCUAUGCGUUGAAUUUCCAGAAUAGCUAGAGUGUGUCAACUGUUACUGCAUAUCGCUCUAGAGAACCAGACUUGAUGAACGUAAAUAGGGCCUCUGACCCGAGUAGAACAGAAUCAAUCGUAACCCGUAAGCAUCUCAUUCUUGCACAGUAGCA